UGCAUGUUUGUUACGUUGUUAUGGUACCGUCACUACUACUUCUCGGUUUGGCAACGCCGGUGGAGGCGUGGCACCACCGUCGACGUAUUCCAGUAAGAAAGUGCGAUGCUGAGGCUCUUUGCAUCCCGCAUCGCAGCUGUCGCGUCCCGGGGCCCUGUCGCCCUCUCAAAGACUGCGAUGAAGUUAGAGAUCUCCUGGCACGUCCUGACCGAGAGGGUGCCAUGCGGUCUGGGUGUUUUAUUAAGAAGCCUAGAUAUAUAUGGGCAUGCUGUAGUGAGCCGCAUACCAGACAGACGCUACGAGACCUCCCUAGGCAAUCGGUUUCACCCUCAGUAAACAUAAGACUGAAAGAACCUGCAGGGCAGCAUCGAUUUAGACCACCAGCGAGACCCAGACUCAGAGCACCUACAGCACCCACGGCGCCGACACCACCUACACCACCCACACCGCCCACUCCGCCUACACCACCUACUGCACCUACACCGCCCACUGCACCCACUCCCCCUACACCGCCCACUGCACCCACUCCCCCUACACCACCCACUGCACCUACAGCGCCCACUGCACCUACAGCGCCCACUGCACCUACAGCGCCCACUGCCCCUACACAAGAACCAUUCACCGAAGCCCCUUUUAUCGAAACCAACGAAGAUCUUCUACCCGCUCUGUGCUCCGUGCGGAUCCACGGCGGACACGACGCGCGCCAGGAGGACCACCCGUGGAUUGCUGCUCUUGGAUAUACCUAUUCGAACGGGAGCUGGAACGGAUGGAAUUGUGGAGGGGCGCUUAUUAACAAGAGAUACAUUAUCACAGCCGCCCAUUGCUUGCAUGAGCUCUACGUGGACGAUUUAGUAUUCACUACCAUUCGCCUCGGAACUGAAUAUUUAAAACCAGCACAGGACGCCCACGGAUACCAGAGCUUCAGACCGGAAAGUGCUGUCCUCCAUCCGAACUUCAACUAUCUCCAUCAUAACGAUAUAGCCCUGGUUAGAUUAAACAGGAAUGUUGAUCUUAGCAGUCGUGUUUCUCCAGUCUGCCUUCCCUCAGUCAGAAUGAACCUCGAGGUGGAGUUCAAGAUGCAUAUUCCAGUGGUGGUUGGCUGGGGCGAAUCGAACUCUUCCCACAGGACACCCGUCCUUCAGGAACUACGCAUGUCCCCCGUCCCUCUAGCGACAUGCAGGGAUACCUACCCGCGGUGGAAGAGCAAAUCUGUUUCGGUGGACUCGAUGGCAAAGGAACAUGCAGGGGAGAUUCUGGGGGCCCAUUAG